CCAAGCAGCAGACUAAUCCCCACAGGGAGAGUACAUGAAAUCAGAUGGACAAGUUUUGAUGCGAAGCAGCAGCUUAGGGCAAGCUCAGGUUUCCUGGAGGUUUGCUAUAUUUAUCUCUGUGAUUUAAUGCCCGCACAGGGUUUAAAUGCCACCAAGCAGUUGGUGUGAGAGGCCUGCGUUUCACUCCCCAACACAAGCUCUGCCUUGCCAGACGCUCACCAUGGAACUGCUAGAGACCAACCCAUACUUUUUCACAGACCAACGGUUUUAUGAUGGGGAGAACUACCUGAGCCCUCGCUUGCAUGGCUAUGAACAAACAGCCUACCAAGACAGGGCAGCUGUGAGCCUGUGCCCUGAUGGCAGGGUUGGGGUUGAGGAGAAGACCUCCUCAGUCCUGCCAGACCACAGCCCUGGACAGUGCCUGCCUUGGGCAUGCAAAGUAUGCAAGAGGAAAAGUGUCUCCAUCGACCGGCGCCGUGCUGCCACCCUCAGGGAAAAGCGCCGGCUGAAAAAAGUCAACGAGGCCUUUGAAGCUCUGAAGCGGAGCACUUUACUCAACCCAAACCAGCGGCUUCCCAAGGUGGAAAUUUUGCGCAGUGCCAUCCAAUACAUUGAGCGCUUACAAGCUCUGCUCAGUACCCUCAACCAACAGGAGCGGGACCAGCGGGAACUGCACUACUGUAACACCAACAACCAGCCUGUGGUGGGUAGUGACCAUGGACCUAGCAGCACUUCAUGCAGCCCAGAAUGGAGCACCCAGUUGGAGUUCAACACUCAUCCAGGAGAUCAUUUGCUGACUGAUGAUUGUUCUGAAGACCGCAACCUUCAUUCACUGUCUUCAAUUGUUGACAGCAUUGCUGUGGAGGAUGUGGCUGUUGUGUUCCAAGAGGAAAGAUCUCAGAAUUGAAGAUGCAGAAAAUGAUGCCCACUUUUCCAGCUUUAUAAAAUCAUCACCAGCAGACUAGAGUUGAAGACUCUAGACUUUAUGGUUAGGAGAAGUUGUUCUCCUUACUAAUAUUGGAAGAUGUUCCGAAUGGGAAAAGCUCUCCUUCCCAACUAACACUGGAUGUUUUUUUUAAUUUCCAAAGCCAGUUACAGACUUUUAUUCAGUAAAGCCACUUAUCCAAUUCCAUAUGCCUAAAAAGUGAUUCUGCUCCCCCAUCCCAUUCUGUAAAUCAGAGGCAAGAUAGUGAAAAAAUGUGUAAUAUUCUGAAAAUCUUGAAAUAUCUGCUUAGUUUCCAGAAAGGCAGAGUAUUCUGAAGAUCAGGUUGGAAUUAGCUCAUCAAAAGCAUACCAAUGCAUUAUGGGGAACACUUAUGGAGGGUGAGAGAAAGGAUACCACUUCUGCAUGUUAAGGAAGGAUUCCAGUGUGGCUUUCUGUUUUCUUACCUGAUUUUUAGAGGUUUUGUGUCUUUUGGGGGCCAAUGCUUAUUAUUUUUCAUUUGUGUGCAUGUGCAAGUGUGUGUGUGUGUGUGUGUUUUCUUCUAAAGAUGCUGCCUGACCAACUUCUUUUGGCAGUUGCAAUUUCCAGGCAAAGAAGCCACAUAAAAUGCUGCCAAUGAAGUCUUUUCUACUGUGUGGAGUUGCAAUUUUUGUAAUUUUUGCUAACUUAUUGUAAGAUUUUUUUUAAAAAAAUAAAGGAUUUUUUUGUUUGA